AUGGACUACACGAUGGAGGAUACGCAGAACUCGGUGGCCGAGACCCGGGAAGCGACCAAGCUCGGCACCACUGGACAGCGCAAUGACACGCAGAGCGUCACCAAGCGCCUGCAAGCUGAGCUAAUGCAGCUGAUGAUGUCGCCGUCGCCCGGUAUCUCUGCCUUCCCCGACGCCGACGGCAACCUCCUCUCGUGGACGGCGACCAUCACCGGCCCAACCGAGACACCCUAUGAGGGGCUGACCCUGAAGCUCUCUUUUGCCUUCCCUAACAACUACCCUUACUCGCCGCCCACUGUCCUUUUCAAGACCCCCAUCUACCACCCCAACGUCGAUUUCUCCGGCCGCAUCUGCCUGGAUAUCCUGAAGGACAAGUGGAGCGCCGUGUACAACGUCCAGAGCGUGCUCCUCAGCUUGCAAAGUCUCCUGGGCGAACCCAACAAUGCGAGCCCGCUGAACGCCCAAGCCGCCGAGCUCUGGGACUCGAACCAGGAAGAGUUCAAGAAGCAUGUCCUGGCCCGCCACCGCGAUCUCGACGACGAGUAG